AUCGUCAAUUUCCUACCCCAUGAUUCUUGCACCCAACCCCUCUCUAUCAUUGAAGGGGCGCCGUUUCUUUGGUUCCACAACACUCGUCGGGGAUUGAAGGAAGGGAACAUAUUUAAAGGCAAUUAGAGAGUGGAGAAAAUUUCUUGGUCGUGAUAAACAUGUGGGUGUCUAAAACAUCUUCACGGAGUAUAUUAUGUUUGAGCAUAUGUGAUCAUCUUCAUACUCCUUGUCAUAGAAAAGAUGGGUGAUGUAGCCAAAGAUCUAGGCGCUGGGACUGUGGGAGGGGCAGCACAGUUGAUAGUCGGGCAUCCCUUUGACACCAUUAAGGUCAAGCUCCAAAGUCAACCUGUUCCUCUUCCUGGACAGGCUCCAAAAUAUUCCGGUGCCAUAGAUGCUGUGAAGCAAACAUUGGCUGCUGAAGGUCCAAGGGGUUUAUACAAAGGCAUGGGAGCCCCACUUGCUACUGUGGCAGCCUUCAAUGCAGUUCUCUUCACUGUCCGUGGCCAAAUGGAGGCGCUCUUGCGGUCUUCUCCUGGCACUCCUCUUACUGUCGGCCAGCAGGUUGUGUGCGGAGCUGGAGCUGGCGUGGCUGUUUCCUUCCUGGCUUGCCCCACUGAAUUGAUCAAGUGCAGACUACAAGCGCAGAGUUCACUAGCAACUACUGCACCAGCAGUUCCUGCUGCACCGGGUGGUACUGCUGCUGUUGCUGUUGCUGUCAAAUAUGGAGGGCCCAUGGAUGUGGCAAGGCACGUUCUUCGGUCAGAAGGAGGCGCGAGGGGUCUGUUCAAGGGGUUGCUCCCAACCUUUGCCCGUGAAGUUCCUGGAAACGCAGCUAUGUUUGGUGCGUAUGAAGGACUGAAGCAGUAUCUUGCAGGAGGGCAGGACACUUCUAGUUUGGGCAGAGGUUCGCUGAUACUAGCCGGAGGGUUAGCUGGAGCUACGUUCUGGGGUUCUGUUUAUCCGACCGAUGUUGUCAAGAGUGUGCUGCAAGUCGACGACUACAAGAACCCCAAGUAUUCGGGCUCUGUCGAUGCGUUCAGGAAGAUAUUGAAGUCGGAAGGAGUGAAGGGUCUGUACAAAGGAUUCGGGCCCGCGAUGGCCCGUAGUAUUCCUGCAAAUGCAGCUUGUUUCUUGGCAUAUGAAGUUACUAGGUCUAGUUUAGGAUGAUGGUUAGAUAAUCUUAAUUUAAGUUUCUAAAUGGAAAAAUGUGAAUAUUUUCAAUGCAGAGAAGAACUAUUAUCUAUUUC